AUGUCCAACGUGGAUUGUAAUAAAAUGGCUGAAAUUGCAAGCUCUGGAUUUUUGCGUUUUUCCUUAAUCUUCAAUCUCAUUAUCACAAUUUGCGCUGUACCAGUUUUAAUUCGGGGAACUUGGAAAUUGUGGUCAAUGAAGUAUACAAAGCUUUUUCAUGUUAAUUUCAAAAUUAUAAUUCAACUUCAUUUAUUUGGAUUUAUGUUGCACUGUUCUGGAAGAAUUUUUUUGCAUUCUAUAGAUUUGUUUAAUUACACAACUCAAGAUAACCCGUGUGAUAUGGUUCCAAAUAUUUAUAGGUGUUUUGUUUUACGGUUAAUGUACAACACAGGUCUUUGGAUAACUAAUUCAACAGCUGUAUCGUUAAUAAUUGAACGAUGUUUGGCAACAAAAAGAAGAGCAACUUAUGAGAAAGAAUCAGUCAAAAUGGGAAUAUGUUUGGUUUUUUUCCAGUUUGCUAUCACAUCAAUUCCACUUUGCAUUUUAUACUCGAAAGUUCAGUUCGAAGGAGUCGUUAUGUAUUUGUGUGUCACAGCCCAAGCCAAUAUCCCGUACGUAGGUCAAAUAAGUGCAGUGGUCGGUUUCAUGUUCCAAUUAUCUACCCGAAUCUCCUUCCAUUACCUCUACAAACAAAAUAAACGCUGUAGACAUAACGAAGUUCACCAUUCAACGCUUUCAAAACGAUAUCAACUUGAACAAAAUAUCAGCUCAAUUCACUGUCUAAAAACGUUUGCUGGUGUUUCAACUAUGUUCAUAGUUAUGAGUAACGUAAUCUACAUUAUAUUAAUGUUCCACGCAAAAAAUCUAAAUCCGUAUCAGUACUUUGUGAGUUUGGCAUUUCCUUUGUAUGCUAUCUCAAUAAUUGUUUUAUCAAAGUCCAUGAAUCAGAUCCGAAAUCAGGUCGGAAUGCAAUUAAUUGCUCAUUUAAAAACUCAGAAUCUGCAGUACCUGGAUAAUUUCAAGCAACAAAUCGCAUAG